AUUAGUUCUAUUUGGAAUCUCGGAUCGCAAACAGGUUGCUGCCGCAAUGCGAGAGCUGCAAAUAUUGGCAACUUUUUCCAUUGUUAUAUUAAUCUUACUUGGUCUUGCUGAUUCAAAGCCAGGGUCCAAGUAUGUUAACGACUUUAUGUUUCCCAAAGAAGAGCAGCGGAGCAUUCCCAUUUGGGAGCAAAUAUCAAAAUCAAAAUAUGUCAAAAGUUUGGAUAAGUGCAGAGACUUUCAGUUGGAUUCCCUUGGAAAUCCCCGCUUGACUUUCAUCAGCUAUAAUAAGUUUGAAGAUCCUCAUAAUCUAUUAAACAAAGCAUUAAAAGAGGAUCUGAAACUCCCUGAACUUGUGUUCAGCAUUAAAGUUGUGAGAAGCCAAAAACAACUUUUAGUUUUUGAACUCCCCAGUGCCAUAGACGCUCUUCUCACUCUGAAUAGGUUCUGUAAUUUAUAUCAUGACCAACCCUUUCGCACCUAUGAAAUCCUCAACGAUGAGAGUUGACUUAAUAAUAAAUAAGUUAAGAUGUAAAGAUGUAAGUAAAUAAAUACCUGUAUAAAGGUAAAAACUAACUUUGUUGAUAAAACUUACUUGAUUUGCUGACAUAACAUGCUGAUUAUGACAUAGAAAUAAGACCUCUGGUUAAUUUAAACUGCUAAUUUCUACAGAAAUAUUCACGAUUAUAUGAUUAAUAUACAUUUCUCAGCUACAUUUCAAUAAAAUGUUAUGUAAAUGUCUGAAA